GGUCAUCUUCCGAAAGACGUGACUCAGUUUCUAACCUGCCUGGGCCAAAUCAGAGUCAGAUCAGCUUGUAGACGAAGGCAGAAAGCUGACCAUACCCUGAAACAAACUAACCAUCUUAAUCUGACACAAUUGACCAUUUAGGCUUCUUGCAGCUCAUUUUGUUGGAAAUUGUAACGAAAACUGCUUGUGUUGACAUCAGCAGCUUGAAUCAUCACUGACAGACAAGAGAUCAACAUGACUUCAGAGCAAGACAAUGGGAAUACGAUCGGAAAACAAGAUCAUCACCAGAAAUGUCCUGACGAAGCUGCAUUACAGCAACCGCGGCCGGAGCAGCAACCGGACCCGGGGCAGCAACCGGGCCCGGCGCAGCUCCAAGUCGGGCCACCGGAGCAUGCGCCUCCGGUCGGACCGUACCCGAACCAAGGUCAAGCCAUAGCUGAUCAGCCACAGGGGAUGAUGCCACCAGACUUCAACCAGGGGUCUCCUGCAGGACCGUACCCACCUCAGGGAUACUCAGGGAAUAACAACCAGGGAUAUCCGCAAGCGAUUCAGACGCAACCGCAAACCGACUCGCCAGGCUACAACCAGGAAAAUCCGCAAGUGAUUCAGACGCAGCCGCAAUCAUCAUCUGAAAAAUACGACCUGGAAGGUCCAUCGGUCGGGGUCAAGCUAGGAGAUGAAGAUGCAUGCAUCUCGGCUGAGGUCGAGUGUGGAGAGGCCUCGAAAAUGAUUUGCAGCGGGUUCACCGAGUUGAUACUUGCCGGCCCAAAAGCUGGCUGCAAUAUCGUUAUGGGUGAAGAGAGUGAAGUUGGUUGCGAUUUGACGCUGUGCGGUGCUUCCUGUAUCUGCGGGAGGUGCCUGUGCACACUGGGUCUCGGCUUCGAGACCGUAGCCCCGUGCAGUGCACUUUGGGAAUCCAUACAAGGUGGCUGUGAAGAAAAACCCAAUGUCGAGCUAAUGGGUCUAGGGAUUACAACCGAUGAGGGGUUCGUCGUCAACCUCUUUGGUUCAGCGAUAGGUUAUGUCGACAGAGAUAAGAGGCAAGAAAGAAAGGAUGAAAAGGAAGAAAAGAGAAGGCAAAAGGAGCAAGCAAUAAGUCAACCUGAAGGCCAAGGAGUUCAAACUGGUGUAACAAAUAACGGAGCCAGCGUAGAGGACGCUAUAUAAAGUUCCUUUGAAAAGAUCUAUUUCUACAUGAUAUUCUUUGCAAUAAGUAA